GAUUGGACCAUCCGGUGUGUAAAAUUUUCUAUCAGAGCAGACGACUUCAAUGUUGAUUGAUGCACUCAAUGGCAUCACACGAUUUUGACAUCGAUGAUAAUUCCAUCCUUUCUCGAAUUGAUGAUGUUAUGUUGUCCGUCAUUCAACAAAUCAGUGACAAAAAGCCACCAGUUCUGUGUCAUUUCAACAGAGGAACCUGGCACAACAUUUCAUUUGACAAAAAUGUAGGUCUGUGUGUAAACGAUGCUAUGAAGAUGACUUCAGUUCGCUUUGAUUCCAGGCUAUCCCUAAAGAAAUUUACAUUGAUGAUUAAACUUUUGUCAAUGGUAUAUGGUCUUAUUCAGACUGACAGAUUUUGUACCAAGCGUGACUUAUAUUACCAAGACACCACUUUGUUUGGAAACCAAGGAGCAUUGGACGAGGCGUUAGAAAAUAUCUCCUGCAUGCUCCAAAUACCAAGAUGGCGUCUACAUGUGCUGGCUACCUCAAAAGGAUGUAUUGCAGGGAAUUUGUCUUUUUAUGAUGUUGAUGGUAACUACGUAGACUGUAGCAAGACCAUGUCAGGGAUCCAAGUUCCAAGUCAUAUUACAGGUAUGCAACAUCUUCAGACAGAUGCGGAUUUUAUUUUAGUGAUAGAAAAGGAUGCGAUUUUCCAGCGUUUAUUGAGCGAAGGGUUUUGCGAAUUGAUGCGUCCUUGCAUAAUUGUCACAGGAAAAGGUUUUCCUGACCUGAACACCAGAAUGCUUUUAAACAGACUGUGGAGAGAAUUUUCUCCGAGAUUUUUCAUUCUUGUGGAUGCAGACCCUUAUGGAAUAGAGAUUAUGUCCAUUUAUAAAUUUGGGUCCCGUUCUUUGUCCUUCGAGGCCCCCAUGUUGACUGUACCUGAUAUGGAAUGGCUGGGAGUUUUACCAAGUGAUAUUCAACGUCUGCGACUAAAAGAAAAUAGUCUUAUAGAGCUUAAGCCUUCAGACAAAAGUAAAAUAAGUGACAUUCUGGCGCGACCGUAUGUUUCUGAAUCACAGAUUCUGUACAAGGAACUAAAUGUUUUGUUGGAACUUGGCAAAAAAGCUGAAAUUGAGAGUCUUGACUCCAUAUCUUCGUCUUUCCUUGUCAAUGUUUAUCUUCCAACCAAACUGAGACAUAGUUCCCAGUAGCAAAGAUGUAGAAUUUUGUUCAAUGAGUUCAAUUUAAAAAAUAAAAUCAAAAUGAAUUAAUACAGUUAAGUUAUACAAGUAGUGAAAGAAUCAAAAAUAAAUUAUUUUGA